ACAGCGGAUCACGUGUCCCACCUGGAGAACGUCUCGGAGGAGGAGAUCAACCGGUUGCUGGGUAUGGUGGUGGACGUGGAAAACCUCUUCAUGUCGGUGCACAAGGAGGAGGACACGGACACCAAGCAGGUGUAUUUCUACCUGUUCAAGCUACUGCGGAAGUGCAUCCUGCAGAUGAGCCAGCCUGUGGUCGAGGGGUCCCUGGGGAGCCCCCCCUUCGAGAAACCAAACAUUGAGCAGGGAGUCCUGAACUUCGUCCAGUACAAGUUCAGCCACUUGCCGCCCAAGGAGCGGCAGACCAUGUACGAGCUCUCCAAGAUGUUCCUGCUCUGCCUCAACUACUGGAAGCUGGAGACGCCGUCCCAGUUCCGGCAGCGCUCCCAGAACGACGAUGUGGCCACCUACAAGGUCAACUACACGAGGUGGCUGUGCUACUGCCACGUGCCGCAGAGCUGCGACAGCCUUCCCCGCUAUGAGACCACUCACGUCUUCGGGCGCAGCCUCCUGAAAUCCAUCUUCACGGUCACCCGCCGGCAGCUGCUGGAGAAGUUCCGGGUGGGGAAGGACAAGUUCCUGUCCAUGCUGGAGGAGGAGAUCUACGGUGAGAACUCUCCAAUCUGGGAGGCUGAUUUCACCGUACCGGCUGCGGAGGGUGCCCAGCUGGUGUCUCGCCCAGCCACGGUCAGCACCGUUGCUGUGCCCACCACUCCGCUCUUCAGCAAGAAGCUCAGCAACAGCAGCUCUGCCGCGAGCAUGGAUGCCAGCACCCCAGAGCCCCUGCCAGGGGAGAAGCGGAAGCUGCCCGAGAGCCUGACGCUGGAAGACGCCAAGCGGAUCCGCGUAAUGGGAGACAUCCCCAUGGAGCUGGUGAACGAGGUCAUGCUGACC